UUUUCAGACUUUGAACACGCCUACACAUUCACAGAUGAGCAACCCGCUGCGGUACGAACACUUACUUUCAGUUUUAGCUGCACAGCUGUACACAGAGAGCACGGAGAAGAUGGAGUUUGCCUGCAGUCAUGUAGUGUGUCAUUGGAGGCCUGAUGGAGAAGUUCCUCCUCCGCUGCCUCCUCGUCGCCUCAGAAAACCUCGUCCUACAUCUCUGCCCCUCCCCCCUCUCCCCUCCUUUCAUCCUUCACCUGGUCCUCCCUCCCUCCCUCCUCCUCCUCCUGUCCCACCCAGAGGCGACAAGCAGGAAGGAGAGAGCAAGCUGACGGCCAACGUCAACGUCAUCUCUCUCAGCAUUGGAAAAAUGGUCGACAUCAGCCAAGCCUCAGGCCUGGAGUGUUUCCAGAGCCCAGUGAUUUGUGGAAAAUGUAGUGCUGCCUUAUCAUGUCUGAGUUCUAUUCAGAGGAAUGUUUGGGUGUGUGAGUUCUGUGGACGUGCCAACAACGUAACCAACAGUGAGAAAGCGUGUGUCGGUCAGCGCGCAGGUGUGCACAGUGAUGACAUCUACCUCCAGUCAAGCGACGAUGACUACCAGAACCUGGAAGACACACUGGUGGUGUUUUGCGUGGACAUUUCUGGCAGCAUGAGUGUCACGACAGAGGUUACAACAAGCAGUGGAACAGCACACAUAUCCAGACUACAGAGCAUGCAAGAUGCCCUCCAGCGGGCUCUAACAUCCCUGCUGCAGCAGUCCCCCCACAGGAGAGUGGCCCUGGUCACGUUCAACGAUGAUGUUGUAAUAUACGGUGAUGGUACUAGCACUCCUCUCGCUCUCAAUGAUUGGGCAUUGGUUGACUACGACCAUAUAUGGCAACAGAGUGUGGCUUAUAGCAUCCCGCAUUGUAUUGCUGAGACCUACGACCAACUCAUGCAGAGAGUCAAGGACCUCAGCGAAAAUGGGGCUACGUGUCUUGGCCCUGCCGUGUUAGCCUCGGUGGCUAUGGCAUCAAGAUACCCUGGAUCAAAGGUGAUUUUGUGUACUGACGGCAAAGCCAACAUUGGACUGGGUGAAAUGGAGCAAUCGCCCUCCCUGUCCUCCUCUUCCAUUCAUUCAUAUUUUUACAGAAAACUGUCUCUACAGGCUGCUGGUAGUGGAGUCAUUAUAUCAGUGAUGACUUUUGAAGGUACAGAUUGUCGCUUGGCUGACAUUGGGAGACUUGCAGACACUACUGGAGGAAGGGUGAAUAUGGUGAGCGUCGGUACUGUUGCAACUGAGAUCCAGUCAGCCUCGAAUGACAAUGUUGUUGUAACAGGAGUCAUGGCAACCCUACUCGCUCCUGAUGGGAUGUACUUUCCAUAUGAGGAUGAAAACAAUCACAAAGUAGUGAGAGAUAUAGGGAAUGUGACUAAGGGACUAGAGAUCACCAUUCAGUUUGCUGUAAAACCAGAGUUAAUGGAGGUUUUUCUACAGAAGAGCACUCUUCCAUUCCAAGUCCAGCUGAGCUUCAAGACCAGAGAUCAACAACAAGUCACUCGCAUCAUCACAGAGCAGCGACCGGUUACUACUUUUAGUCGGAUCCAGGCUGGUAACCUCAACACUGCAGUGCUUGGUGUCCAUUGUGCUCAACUCUGUGCCAGACUAACCAUGGAUGGCCGAGUGCAGGAAGCACAGAGGCAACUUAAAGCACAUCAAGUCUUGAUCAAUCAGAUCAGUAAGCAGAGGCCAAUCGAACAGGAGGAGAAUAUCUACAGCAACUGGAUGGACACCAUGACAGUCAUCUGUGAUGACAUCACAACAGAAUCUCAGACUCUUUCUGAUGAAGCAGCUAACGUAAUGUACCAGAUGAAGAGAGCAAGCAGUGCAAACAACGUUACAAGUGAGAUCCAGAAGAACACUAUGAAGAAGAAAAAGAAGGCCCUGAUGGAAUGAAUGUGCAGACAUUAUAAAUCCAUCCUUAGUCAAGUAGUUUUUGAACUUAAAGGCAGGGUUGGUCAUUUUCCUCCAGAUACACUUUUUAAGAUUUUGGUUGAAAUUGUCUUUAGGUCCUGACAGAAAUUAAUAACUCAUGUGCUCUGAAAAGGGAACAAAGAAGAUCCAUCAUCUGUAUCAGUUGUAAGCCUGUAAAAACUUCGACCAAUGUCUGCCACGAGGUACCAAACUGACGAACCAAUCACGCCUGCCUGCUCGUUCUUUACCUCAUUAAUGCACAAGCCCACACUCAAAGCAUGAGCUGAGGUCCGCUUCUGGACCAACGGCGCUUGUGCAUACAGGUAAGUGAGGGGGCGUGGCUUUUGAGGGAGCACAGAGAGGAUGGGGUGGGUGCAGACAGAGCACUGAGGGAAUGCAACUUUCAAAAUCAUGCUAGUUUUUUAAAUGACCAACCCUGUCUUUAACUUAUCAAAAUUGGACCAACCACAAUUUUGUCGGAGUCCUUUUUUUUAACUGUAUGAUUAAAAUGAACUGACACCAAGA